AUGAGCACAAACGGUAGAGAUCACGCCGACACACUCUCAGUUGUAGAAUGUCGAUUUGAAGAAUGUUACAACAUUGAAACCUCUGAACUGUCUACAGUUUCGUCAACGUCCUCAUCAUUUGCUGACAAUUUUGCGACUUCAGAAGGUGGAACUGCACCAGCUAGCUCGUAUGCUUCAGACAAGGAAAGCCACCUCUCACAGCUGUUUGAUCCCAGUUCUUAUGAGCGAGGGUUUAAUGCGAGCGCAAAUGCGGGAAUCUUCUUGUGUUCUAUGGGGAUUUUUGCCAAUCUUCUACUAUUUACAGUCCUUGUGAGCUCAAAACGUCUUCGUGUACAGCAUCUAUAUAUUCAGGUGCUCAAUAUAGCAGUAGCGGAUCUGUGCUUCAUCGUCUCCGUGGACUCGUUUACCGUGUACUUCGAGCUGCAAGCCUGGAGUUUAGGUGCUGCUUUUUGCAAGACGUGGAUGAUACUGGAUGUGGCGUUGCCUAGUGUGUCAUUGAUGGGACUCCUCCUGUUGAAUGUGGAUCGUAUUAAAAAAUUAUUUCGAAUUGCUGUUAUACUCUGUCCUUGGUGCUGCAGCUGCAUUGUAGUCAAUGCCUUAUGGCUGGGAUUUCCAGCGAAUUCGGAACAUAUUCCAGGUCUUUGCAUAUACGGCAUUACGAGAGAGGCAAAUACGGCCUCUAACUGGCUGACUGUCUUUAUUCCUUCUCUUGUUAUAUUUGUGAUGCUUAUAUUUAUUUUUAUUGCCGGCAUUGGUGAGAUGCCUACGGUAGACAACCCAACCAAUGUGACACAGUCAUCAAAUACAGAAAGCCAUUCUUUGCCAAAUGAUUCUCUCAUGAAUGGCAAUGGCAACGAGGUCAACCAAACAUGUCAAGAAAGAAGUGCGUCGGAAAUGGCUACGCCUGUCAUCAAUAUUUCCCACACCGGAAGACAACGGCGAUUUGUAGCCGCCUUGUUGGUGGUGGAUGUGAUCAGUCUGGCAAUAACUUUGCCAUAUUCAGCUUACUCUCAAGUAACCAUCAACUGCAAAAGUCCCCAGAACUGUCAGUCUUUCGUGGUACUGUUUCAAAUACUCAGCUGGAUGAAAUCUUCUGUCACAUGUGUCAGGCCUGUGUUUUUCAUUCUGCUCACUGAGGUCUAUCUUAUUUUGAAGAAGCGACUGGCCGGCUUAUCUCUGAGGCGAGGACACCCGGCUUUGCUGGUGCUAAAUACGACUGAGCAAAGUCGUCGCGACAACGACACGCUGAUAAUGCUAGAUACCACACAACAGAAGGCAACUGGUAAUAACAGUUAUGAAAAUAUCAUUCUUACUCAAGUGAGCAUUCGCUGUCUCUACAUAAAAAAUAUUUGCCCUACGACCACGGUUGCCACCACUCUCAAGUCUCCAUUUCUAGAACAGUCACAAUGCCCGUUCGAGAAACCUGAACAAAUGAAUGAAGUCACAGACCAAAAUCAUAGUCAUGAUCACCGCAAUGAAACCUUCAUAUGA